AUGAUAUCUGCAAGAUUUAAUAAAUUACUCAGAAAUUGUAGUUCGCUGUACAAGAAAAAUCAAAUUCAUCAUGCUAUGACAGAGAAGCAAACCAAAAUCAAAAUUAAUAAUAUUGAAAUUAAUUAUUUAAAAGUUGGAAAUGGUCCACAGACCUUGUUGUUAUUGCCAGGAGCAUUAGGUUCAAUAUUUACUGAUUUUAAGCCACAAAUUGAAACUCUUAAUCGUGAAAAAUAUACAAUAGUUGCAUGGGAUCCACCAGGUUAUGGUUUUAGUCGACCACCAGAAAGAGAUUUUUCACCAGGAUUUUUUUAUCGUGACGCUGACUAUGCAAUUUCACUUAUGAAAUCAUUGCAAAUUGAUAGAUAUUCGCUGCUGGGUUGGAGCGAUGGUGGGAUCACUGCACUUAUAAUGGCAUCCAAAGCAGUUGAAAGCGUGGAAAAACUCAUAGUUUGGGGUAGCAAUGCAUAUGUUACUGAAAAAGAUAUUGAAUUAUACGAGAAAAUACGAAAUGUCCAAAAGUGGUCCCCACGCAUGAGGCAACCGUUUAUUGAUUUGUAUGGCGAAAAGUAUUUUUCAGAUACUUGGAAUGCUUGGGUAAAUUCAUUUCAAAUAAUACUUAAAGAAAACGGAGGGGACAUUUGUCGAGAAGCUCUGUCUAAAAUCGAUGCGCCUACUCUCAUUUUACACGGUGCUCAAGACCCUUUAGUGCCUAUGGAGCAUCCAGUUCAUUUACACAAAAAAAUAAAAUACGGAUCGCUUGAAAUCUAUCCGGAAGGUAAACACAACAUCCAUCUGAGGUACGCCGAACUGUUCAAUUCGGCGGUAGACGAUUUCCUGGCCGAAGACUUGUAG